CCUUCAUUACAUUCAUUCAUCUUGGUUCUACAAUUGUUAUUUCUUCAUUAUAAAUCCCUACUCAUUACCCUAAGUGGAUCACCGUGCCUACACCAUAAUUACGAUCAAGUCAUGCAUCUACUUCUGCUAACACCUCAGAAGAACAAAGACAGCCCCAGAAUAGUGCUGGUAUGUUCUGUAAUGCGAAAUGGAUCCAAGUCUCGAUUGCUUGUGGAUGCUGAGGGCACAAGAUCAUAUAUGACGACCAAUAGCUGGCAUAUUCCCAAUGCACCAGUUCCGACCGGGAUUGCCGCUUCGGCAGCAUAAUAUCCUGGUGCUGCCGUUAGGAGCUGCGUCAAAAAAGGACAGCGGCCUAUGGGCUACCAUUGAGGGUUCUCCAUUUUCUGGGGGUAGGUGGUGAGGGAAGCUGGCCUUGGGAACUCGACGUUGGCUCUAUGCAACCCUUUGAUAACGAAGUAUCUUGCUUGCAGAAUUUGCUGAGUCACUUCUACUCCAAAGCAAUAAUUCC